GUCUCCCGGGCGCUGCGGGGUCCUGGACCAGCAUCAGCAGCGGUCCCGCCCGUGUGGGGUGCGUCGGGAGCAGGAGCAGGUCACGGUGAAUGUGAAAGUCAAGGAGGUGGCCUCACAUGAGAUGCAGACCUCUGGGGCGCUGCAGCAGCCCGGCGAUCCCUGGCCGGAGCAGGCGCGGGCCCAAACUGCGGAUGUGCCUCUGGAGGAGGCAGCACAGCGGGACAGCCCAGGGCCUCGGGACCAGCCACCUCGUAGCCCCAGAGAGGAGCCCAUGACGGACCUGGAGUCGGGUGCAGGAACCAUGAGGAAAGCUCAUCAGCAGCCUCCUGAAGAAGGGCCUGCAAACCUGGAGCUGCCGAGAAGUACCCCAGGGAGGCUGGGGGAGAGGGGCUCCCUGAGCCCUGAAGGGAUCCAACUGCAGCAGGGGCAGGGGAGGCUGGCAAUGCAGGUGGAGAGCACAGAGCUCCAGGAGGCCUUUGAGGACGUAGCUGUAUAUUUCACACGGGAGGAGUGGGAGCUGCUGGAAGACGCACAGAAGGGGCUUUACCGGGACCAGAUGCUGAGGAACUGGCGAGCCCUUGUUUCCCUGGGGUAUCGAGGUUCCACCCCUGACUUAAUCCACCGCAUUGCGCGAGGACAGGAGGAGCUCUGGGUCUGUGAUGAUGAGGACCGUGGGGACAUCUCGAAGUCAGAGGACCUGCUGCUAGGAGGCGCCUGGCUGGUGAGCAGAGCUGAGAAGCAAUGUCCUGAAGAAGGGCCUGCAAACCUGAAGCUACCCCAGACCCCCUCAGGGAAUUUGGGCAAGUUGGAGUCCCUGAGAUCUGAGGAAGACCAAUGGCUCAAGAGCCAGAGGAGGCCCCAAAAGCCAAGGGAGAAUAUAGCGGUGAAGCAGGGGCCAUCUUCCUUUGGGUGUGGAAGUGGAGAAAGGACCAGAGAGAUCCCUGGGCACAGGGAAGGAUAUGUGGAGCUGAGGAGCCAUGAGGCAAAGUUCUCCUGGAAAAAGACCCUACAUCAGAGCCAAGCCAGUGGGGAGGGUCUGAAAGGGGAGCAGGAGGUGCCCACCAAGCCCAGGGGCAAAGCCCAUCCCUCUCCUGAAUGCCAGAAAAAAUGUAGCUGCCCCUCACAAUGGGCUGUGCCACAUAGGUGCCCUGAGUGUGGAAAGAACUUCACUCGCUCAUCCCACCUGACCUUGCACCGGCGCAUCCACAAAGUGAAGAAACCACAUCAGUGCUCUGAGUGUGGGAAGAGCUUCACCUAUUCCUCCCAUCUGGUGCGACACCAGCGCUUCCAUACAGGGCAGAAGCCAUAUCAGUGUCCUGAGUGUGGGAAGAGCUUCACCCAUUCUUCCCAUCUGGUGCGACACCAGCGCAUCCAUACAGGGGAGAAGCCGUAUCAGUGCUCUGAGUGUGGGAAGAGCUUCACCCAGUCCUACAACCUGGCCCAGCACCAACGUAUUCACACAGGUGAGAAGCCAUAUCACUGCUCUGCGUGUGGGAAGAGCUUCAACCAGUCCUCCCAUCUGGCCCAGCACCAGCGUCUCCACACAGGGGACAAGCCAUAUCAGUGCUCUGUGUGCGGGAAGAGCUUCACCCAAUCUUACAACUUGGCCCAGCACCAGCGUGUUCACACGGGGGACAAGCCAUAUCAGUGCCCUGAGUGUGGGAAGAGCUUCACCUACUCCUUCAGCCUGGCCACACACCAGCGUUUACACACGGGGGAGAAACCACAUCAGUGUCCUGAGUGUGGGAAGACCUUCACGUAUUCCUCUGUUCUGGCACGACACCAGCGCAUCCACACAGGGAAAAAGCCACAUCAGUGCUCUGUGUGUGGGAAGAGCUUCACUCAGUCCUCCCACCUGGCCCAGCACCAACGUAUCCACACAGGGGAGAAGCCAUAUCAGUGCUCUGAGUGUGGGAAAAGCUUCACCCAGUCCUUCAGCCUGGCCACACACCAGCGUAUGCACACAGGGCAGAAGCCAUAUCAGUGCCCUGAGUGUGGGAAGAGCUUCACCCAUUCCUCCAUUCUGGUGCGACACCAGCACAUCCAUACAAGGAAGAAGCUACAUCAGUUCUGUGGGAAGAGCUUUACCAAGUCCUCCCACCUAGCUAGGCACCACAGUAUCCACACACAGGAGAAGCCACAUCUGUGCUCUGAGUGUGGGAAGAGCUUCAUCCGAUCCUACAGUCUGGCACACCAACGUAUUCACACAGGUGAGAAGCCACAUCAAUGUUCUGUGUAUGGGAAGAGUUUCACCUAAUCCUCCAGUCUGGCCAAUCUCCAGAGCAUCCAUACAGGGGAGAAGCCAUGUCAGUGCUCUGAGCGUGGGAAGAUUCAGCCAGUUCUCCAGCCUGGCCAGAUACCCAUGAAUCCACACAAGGAGAAACAACAUCAGUCCUCUGUAAGGAUAGCGUCCACAAAUCCUUCCCUCUGGCGAAACACCACUGCAUCCAUACCCGGGAGUAUCAAUAAUUCUUUCAGCAGUGCGUAUGCCUACCUGCUCAGCUCCCACCACUGGCUGCCUCUAGACAAGCAGCCUCCUGCUGGAGUUCAGGAGGAGAUGAGCCCAGAUGCUGAGGGGAACAGCAUGUGAAGGGAUGAUCUUUAUAUCAGUCUUGGAGCCUGUGCCUUCCCCAGCACCUUCCAGGGUGCCCUCCCCAAGACGGCUAGCUCCAAAUACCCCUAGGUCCUGUCCUUGGCCACCUCGCCUGCUCUUUGGGUCUGCAAGAAGCUGCUGCUGCCACCCCCUGAGCCUACUCUGCCAGGUUUUGCUUCUCAGUCUCUCUCCAGUACCCCGUACCCCUGGGAGCCUGCUGCUCCCCUGCUGUCCUACCCUUCAUAGCACUCUGUAAUGCAGUCUCUGCUCAGAAAGCCCCAGCGCUGAACAUGGUAUCCCUGUGGCUGGGCUCUGUGCCCUCUCCAGAGCUGAGAGUCAGGAACCAACCAACCAGUACCCAUAACCCUUUGCAGGGCACAUCUCCCUAUCCCUUCUGCGGUCUAGGGUCUGUUCAAACCUUCAGGCGCAGGUGUCAGUCACACUCAAGGCCUCCCUCCCAUGUACUGCUGUGCAGCAAGGACCCUGCCCUUUGGAAGGAGCGUGCAGCCAGAGGAAAGACGAGUGCUUUUUCUGUGGGAAAUGUGGGCGGGGGGAAGGAGGGUGCAGCCUGUGGCAGGUCCUGCCUCCUGUGGAAGUAUGGGAAGAGUAUGAGGACAUCCUCUAGGUGAAAUGCAGCAUGUUGUCAUCUGGGAAAUGUUCCCUGAUCACUAGUAUCCCAAUACAGCAUGUCCCGUGUGGAAGAACUGACUUUGGCUUUUGUAUGUGUCCAGCUGAAAUACAAGGUGCCAGAGACAUCCUGGAUAUAACACCCUGGGAUCCUGCUCCACCACCGCCCCCUGCAUUCCCCCACACUGCCUUGGAUGGUAGCAGAGACACAAUCUCUCUGGGACGCUAGGCCAGCUGGAAAGGCAGACUGGGAGAUCUGCCUGAUUUGAGGGCACAACACUCAGCCCCUGUGCAUCUUACCGAGAGCCACUCACAGCUCAAGCUGCCUCUGUCUCCUCACUACACAAAGAGACUGGACCCAGGGCAUGGUAGACACACAUGGGUGCAAAUAAACACUAGACUCGUG